UUUCUGCACAGGAAGCCAAUACUGUGGGGAAGGGUCACAGUCAUUCACUCUCCUCAAAGCAAUCUAAGUUGGGAAAGGAGUUGGAGAGUUACUCUCUAUCUCCACACAACAAUCUAAGAUGGGAAUGGAAAUGGAGAGUUAUUCAAGUAAUACUGGUGCAAUGGACAAGAAGGAAAAACUCUCAACAACGAGAAGAAAAGGUGGCCUAGUAACCAUGCCAUUCAUCAUAGCAAACGAGGCAUUUGAGAAGGUGGCAAGUUAUGGGGUGUUGCCAAACAUGAUAUUCUACUUGAUGAAAGGCUACAACUUGAGUUUUGCAAAGGCAAACUACGUACUCUUUCUCUGGUCCGCUGCUACCAAUUUCACACCGACGCUGGGAGCUUUUCUUGCAGAUUCAUAUUUGGGUCGUUUUCUCACCAUUAGCCUGGGUUGUAUCUUCAGUCUUCUGGGGAUGACUGUGCUCUGGUUAACGGCUAUGAUUCCAGGAGCAAAGCCUCAAUCUUGUAACCUAAUUCCGCCAUGUAAAUCAGCAACAGCAGGACAGUUGGGUUUGUUGAUCUCCUCUUUCGGCCUCAUGUCGAUUGGUGCAGGCGGGAUAAGAUCAGCUUCCAUGGCAUUUGGUGCUGAUCAACUUGACAACAAAGACAAUCCCGAUAAUGAAAGGGUACAAGAAAGCUAUUUUGGCUGGUAUUAUGCAGCCACUUCAAUCUCGGUACUGGUUGCUUUCACGGGCAUUGUUUACAUUCAGGAUAAAAUGGGAAUGAAAGUGGGCUUUGGAGUUCCAGCAAUCCUAAUGUUUCUCUCUGCUUUGCUCUUCUUCCUUGCUUCUUCAUUUUACAUCAAACAUAAAGCUACCAAAAGCUUGCUCACGGGUCUCGUGCAAGUGACCGUAGCUGCAUACAAGAACAGGAAACUAGCCCUCCCUCCUCUGGACUCGAGUUCGUAUCAUCAUCGAAAGGGCUCAAGAAACACCGGGCCGACUGAGAAACUGAUGUUCUUGAAUAAAGCAUGCGUCCUUAGAAAUCCAGAGGAUGUUACACCAUCAGGAGUUGCUUUGGACCCCUGGAGUCUUUGCACCGUAGAGCAAGUUGAGGAGCUGAAAGCACUCAUCAGAGUAAUCCCAAUAUGGUCCACAGGAAUCAUGAUGUCAAUAAACACCAGCCAGAGCUCUUUUCCUGUAAUUCAGGCUAGCUCCAUGAAUAGACAUGUCACUUCAAACUUCCAAAUUCCAGCAGGUUCUUUCGUCAUGUUUAUGAUGAUCACUAUUUCUGGUUGGCUCGUCCUCUAUGAUCGUGCAAUUCUUCCAUUGGCCUCAAAGAUCAGAGGAAAACCAGUACGCAUUGGUACAAAAGCAAGAAUGGGAAUUGGAUUAUUCUUCACUGGGCUCUCGAUGGUAAUUUCUGGUGUUGUAGAGCGCGUUCGACGAAGAAAAGCAAUCGAGCAAGGGUUCCUCAAUGAUCCACAAGCAUUGGUAGACAUGUCUGCCAUGUGGCUUGUGCCGCAAUAUGUUGCAGGAGGCUUCGCAGAGGCUUUUAAUGCGAUUGGCCAAAUAGAAUUCUAUUAUUCUGAGUUUCCCAGAACCAUGUCAAGUGUUGCAUCGUCUCUAUUUGGACUAGGAAUGGCCGUGGCAAAUGUAUUGGCAAGUGCUGUACUAAGCACUGUGGAUAGAUACACCAAAGGAGAAGGAAAAGAGAGUUGGGUUUCAAGCAAUAUCAACAAGGGUCGUUAUGAGAACUACUACUGGCUUCUUUCUAUCUUGAGUUGUGUUAAUUUGAUUUGCUUCAUUAUCUGUAGCUGGGCUUAUGGACCUUGUGCUGAUGAUGUCAAAAAGGAGGAUGACAUUGAAGGGAAUGAAUUGGAAGAAAUAUCAAAAUUGAGACCGAGGACACCACUAAGAGUGAUGCCGGCUUGAUUUCGAAUGCCUGCUGGAGUUGAGCAGUUUAUUGAUCAAUAACAUAAUUAGUAAGCAUGUACAGCAAAUACUUACACGCCAAUUACCAAAUAUGUAUCAGAAAACCCUAGCUCUAAAAUUUUCAUUUCUUCAAGUAUUCUUUCUGCAUUCGCACA